CCGCCGCCGCCUGAGCUCCGAGGCGGCUGCCCCGUCCCGGCUCCGCUCCGGACCCCCGGGGUCUGGUCUCGACCUGCCCGCGGGUGUGGGGGAAGGCUCCUCCGAGCCCGGCGGGACCGGGCAGAGCGCGGGCCGCCCGCCGCAGUCCUAGCCCGCGCUGUCGGGUCUCGCUGCCGGUCUUUGUCCCGCGCAAAGUUUGGGAGGGCGGCGGACGGGCGCUCCCUGCCCGAGCCGAGCGGCCGGAGUCCGGCUGUGCCUUACUCGCCGGGGUCGCUUCGGGCGCGGGCUGCUGCUGCGGAGCACCAUGCCUGUCCGGAAGCAAGAUACCCAGCGAGCUCUGCGCCUCCUGGAGGAAUACCGCUCCAAAUUGAGCCAAAGUGAGGACAGACAGCUGAGAAACUCCAUAGAGCGUGUCAUUACUAUCUUCCAGAGCAACCUUUUCCAGGCUUUGAUAGAUAUUCAAGAAUUUUAUGAAGUGACCUUACUGGACAAUCCAAAAUGUAUUGAUCACUCUAAGCUAUCUGAACCAGUACAACAUGUGAAUACCUGGGAUUUCUCCAGCCUUCCAAGCACAACAGUGACAUCAGAAACACUGCCAAGCAGCCUUAGCCCAAAUAUAGAGAAAUAUCGGUGUCAGGAUGAAGAUACACCUCCACAAGAGCAUAGCACCAAUGAGGUGACUGGUCCAGAGUUGGUUCAUGUAUCAGAGAAGAACCUAUCACAGAUUGAAAAUAUACAUGGAUUUGUUUCCCACUCUCACAUUUCACCAGUGAAGCCAACAGAAGCUGUUCCUCCCUCUUCUCCCAUUCUCCCUGUGAUCCCUGUCCUGCCAGUCCCUGCUGAGACCACUGUCAUCCCAUCCUCUACAUCGCAGGCAAAUCCUCCUCCUGUACUGGUGAAUACAGAUGCUUUGGAGACUCCAGCAUACGUUAAUGGCACGGAUGCAGAUUAUGAAUAUGAAGAAAUUACACUUGAAAGGGGAAAUUCAGGGCUUGGCUUUAGCAUUGCAGGUGGUACGGACAACCCACACAUUGGGGAUGACUCAAGUAUUUUCAUUACAAAAAUCAUAGCAGGGGGUGCAGCUGCUCAGGAUGGAAGAUUACGGGUUAAUGAUUGCAUAUUACGAGUAAAUGAAGUGGAUGUUCGUGAUGUGACACACAGCAAAGCAGUUGAAGCAUUAAAGGAGGCAGGAUCCAUUGUGCGGUUGUAUGUCAAAAGAAGAAAACCAGUCACAGAAAAAAUAAUGGAGAUAAAACUUGUGAAAGGGCCGAAAGCAGGACUUGGGUUCAGCAUAGCUGGUGGUGUUGGAAAUCAGCAUAUUCCUGGUGACAACAGUAUCUAUGUAACCAAAAUUAUUGAAGGAGGUGCAGCACAUAAAGAUGGCAAACUUCAGAUUGGAGACAAACUUCUAGCUGUGAACAGUGUUUGCUUAGAAGAAGUUACACAUGAAGAAGCAGUGACUGCCUUAAAAAACACAUCUGAUUUUGUUUAUCUGAAAGUUGCAAAACCCACCAGCAUGUUCAUGAAUGAUAGUUAUGCCCCUCCAGACAUCACAAACUCUUAUUCUCAGCCAGUGGAUAACCAUAUCAGUCCAGCUACCUACUUGGCACAAUCUUUGCCACCAUCAUCACCAGGAAGAUAUUCCCCAACUCCCAAGGGAAUGAUUGGAGAUGAUGAGAUAACCAGAAUACAGUCGUUUUGAAGCUAAAAUACAUGACUUACGGGAGCAGAUGAUGAACAGUAGCAUUAGCUCAGGAUCAGGAUCUCUGCGGACCAGCCAGAAGAGGUCCCUAUAUGUCAGAGCUCUCUUUGACUACGACAAGACUAAAGACAGUGGCCUUCCCAGUCAGGGACUGAACUUCAAAUUUGGCGACAUCCUCCAUGUCAUUAAUGCUUCUGAUGAUGAGUGGUGGCAGGCACGGCAGGUGACGCCAGAUGGAGAAAGUGAUGAAACUGGAGUGAUUCCGAGCAAACGGAGGGUUGAGAAGAAAGAAAGAGCCCGCUUAAAGACAGUGAAAUUUAAUUCCAAAAUGAGAGGAGAUAAAGGGCAGUCAUUCAAUGACAAGCGUAAAAAGAACCUCUUUUCCCGAAAAUUUCCCUUCUACAAGAACAAGGACCAGAGUGAGCAAGAAACCAGUGAUAUUGACCAACAUGUAACCUCUAAUGCCAGCGAUAGUGAAAGUAGUUACCGUGGCCAAGAAGAAUACGUCUUGUCUUAUGAACCAGUCAGCCAACAAGAAGUCAAUUACACUCGGCCAGUGAUUGUUUUGGGACCCAUGAAAGACAGAAUAAAUGAUGAUUUAAUCUCAGAAUUUCCAGACAAAUUUGGAUCAUGUGUUCCACAUACUACCAGACCAAAACGAGAUUAUGAGGUGGAUGGCCGGGAUUACCACUUUGUCACCUCUCGAGAGCAAAUGGAGAAGGAUAUUCAGGAUCACAAAUUCAUUGAGGCUGGCCAGUACAACAAUCACCUUUAUGGAACAAGUGUCCAGUCAGUGCGGGAAGUAGCAGAAAAGGGGAAACACUGCAUUCUUGAUGUCUCUGGCAAUGCGAUCAAGAGGUUGCAGAUAGCCCAGCUGUACCCAAUCUCCAUUUUUAUUAAACCCAAAUCAGUGGAAAACAUCAUGGAAAUGAACAAACGUUUAACAGAGGAGCAAGCCAGGAAGACCUUUGAGAGAGCCAUGAAACUGGAGCAAGAAUUUACUGAACAUUUCACAGCUAUUGUCCAAGGAGACACACUGGAAGAGAUAUACAACCAGGUGAAGCAGAUCAUAGAAGAACAGUCUGGGCCUUACAUCUGGGUACCAGCAAAGGAAAAAUUAUGAAAAUUGAAAGAUUUUUGGUUUUCAUUUUCUAACUGACAUUACCUACUCAUUGACAACUUGUAACCCUUUUCAGUGGAGCCUGCCGCUAGCUCUUUCCAAUGUGGGUCACACACUAAACAUCACAUUCUGCAGUUCCCAAAAAUUUUUUACAUUUGGUGUCUCUCUUAGUUUGAAUAAUUUGUAUUAUUGUGUGAUAGCGUUCAUUUGACAUUUUUCAAACAUGAAGGUCGAAUGGCCUGACCAGCUAUUAAGGUAGGGUUGGGGAAUUGUAUGGUAAAAUUCCUUAAUGUUUAAGGGAAAGUAAGUUUCAGAGAUUUUCAGAAAAGAUUUAUAUUCAUUCUUUUAAAAUUUCAUAGCAUAUGAAAGAAAAGUCAUCUUACCCAAUGAUGUAAAUCGUGAGCAACUUUGCACACUUAAUUAUAAUAGCAUGGGUUGGCCAAGCAUUUAAUUUCAAGUUUUUAGUUUGUGGGUUGACUUUCUGUUUUCACAGCAAAUAUUUUUCUUUAUAGGCAGUUAAUGUAACUUUUUUUUAAUUUCCAAAUUAAUGUAUUCAUUAACUUCCAUUAAUUCACAAGGGAUAUUCAUUUUCAAAAUUUCAUAAUGAUAGUCUUAUAGUCUAUUUUUAUUCAUUUUUGCAUAUACAGUUGCUAGGGAUAAAGAUAUUUAAUAUUUUUAAUCUUACCCAUGCAACACUAUUUACAGUGUCUUACAAAAGUUGUUUAUAGAUCAUGGUCAUCACUCUUUUCUGAAUCGAAAACAUGUUUAGGUGCUAGGGAAGCUUGUAUUUUACAAAUGAAUAGCAAAUUUUCAUUGGCAGCAAAACAGAAAACACUUGCAGUGAUGGAUGAUCAUUAAGGCGAUAAGAAGAGAGUCAGAUUUGUAGUUUAAAAUUGUGCGUCUCCUUAGAGGUGUCAGAUUUUAAUGAAUAUUUUACCCACAAUAAUUGCCUAUUUUGUUAUAAAACUUUCUUUAACUAUAAACUCUGUAACUAUGGGAAUUAUUUUCUUUACAUAGUUGCGCACACAUAUAUAUAAAAUAUAUUUUUUUUUCUGUUCCCACCUACUCCUAACUUUUCUUUUUUUUGUUUUUGUUUUGAGAAUAAAUAUAAAUUAGAAUUUAUCUUCCUUAAUCAUGUGAAAUGAAAUGGGGUAUGGUGGCUGGGUAAAACAUCUGGGGGAUAUUAGCUACAAGAAAAAAAUAUGGGCAAGUUCUCCUCUUUUCUACAAACAAUUUCAGAUGUUUGGGUUUGGGUUUUUUUCUUUUCCAUGUGAUGUGCAUGUUUUAACCAAUGGGAGAUUUCAGAGUCAACAGUUAGUUUUUAUGUACAUCUCAGACUAUAUCUGUGUCAUAUCUUCCAUGGUGGCUCUGCACUGGAGAGACACAGGCCUCUGAUCUGAGCAAUUAUAAAUACAUUUCUGCAAAAUAUAGAACUAACAUUAUUCAUUCCAUUUGUCAGAAAGAGGAGAACAGCUAAUAAAGUUUAUUGUACAACA